AUGCCAGCCUACAGUCCUACAGAAACAAGUCUCGAUUGGAUGGAAAAUAUGGCGACUGAGAAUUGGAGGAGAGGAUUAGGGAGCUUCGAUGUCAGGGCUGUCAAAAAACUGACAAGUCAUAUAUCAUUGUGCAGAACCAGUUUCGGCUCGGGUCAGGUUAAGACAGCCUUAAACUUAUGGAAGGCUGGACCUCAAGCUCAAGAUGGUCUCAAACUCCUCGAAGCUGAAAUAUGUUCAGGUUAUAUUUCUAUUUGA